CCGAAGGAGAGUUCUCCUCCUUAUUUUAGGGGUUCUGUGCUUGUAUAGUAGCAGGGUGACAGCCAGUUGGAACUAUUCCUGGCACACACCGCUGCUGCCGCCAUCACCCUGAUGCUGGCCUGUUUCUCCUCUUAGCCAGGGUUUGGCCCUCUCUAGAAAUCUAGUGGGAGGCCGUUGCCAUAGUGAUGGGAGCAGGCCCCAGCUUUACCUCACUGAAUUCCAGGGACUGUGCCAAGCAAUUGAGAAAUCGGGAGGAGGGGGAAGUACUCCAGAUGUUUACUCCCUGCUCUGCAUAUCCGGGUUGGGAGCCUACUACACAGCUGAGGGACGGAGACUGAGCAGAAACUCUUCCUGUUGCUCGAAGGGGUGGGGAAGCCAGAACUUGGAAAGAGAAGGGAGAUUCUGACACAAAAGGGACUGACGUUUAUGUGGACUUGUGAAUCCCAGCCUGGUGAUGUGAUGGAUUCUACGCUCCAGUCGUUGUCCUCCCCAGUUCCCUGUACUGCUGCCAAUGGGCGUAGGGGACCCAAGCAACCAUUGGGUAGCCCUGAGAAAGGAGAUACCCGCCCGAAGCCACCCGUGAAACCCAAGCCCUCUGUGCUGCCAAAGCCAGCCAUGCCAACAAAACCUGCCCUUGGACCGCGGCAGGCUCUUUCUGAGGUGCCCUCAGCUGAAAAGAUCAAUUUGCUGGCUGGGCCCAAGCCAUAUAGCAGUGGGGCUGGCAAUGCUGUUAAACGUCUUUCUUUUAGUCUCAACAAGUGCCCUUCAAAAGAAACAAGCAAUGGGAAAGAGUCUACGUUGCCAUUUUCCACUCCAGUCAAACCAUCUGGAGAUGGAGAAGAAACUGGACCUGCAAAGAAAUCCAGUGCAGCAGCUGGAACUUCUGGGGAAGAAUGUAAAGUGUCCUCCAGUAUAUGCAAGGGUAAUGUCCCCUUCAAAGUGAAACCAGUGCCAGUAGCAGCCAAACCAGAGCGUUUUCCUGGGACCACAGUAGAGGAGAUUUUGGCUAAGAUAGAGAAACCUAACAAGGAUGGGCUAAACAGUCCUGACAGACCUCGGCUGGUGCGCUCCUACUUCAGCCAGGAUGGUGGCACAGCUGUUCACCUGGGACCUAAAGGUUAUGCUGCUUUCCGGAGAUAUUCCAGUGGAGGAGAAGGGAGAGGAACUGAGCCAGAGGAUUCUACAUGCAGAGUCUCUGGUGAAUCUGAAGAGAGCUGCUUGUCAAAAAGCAAGGAGGAAAACACAAGUUCAAAUGGCCAGCAUGUGCCUGAAUCUGAGCAAGCAGCAGGAGCAGUAGAGAGAAACACAGAUUUCCUCUCUAGGGACAGCAGCUCCAGUCAACCUAGCAUGAGCUGUGAUGGAGGCCAAGCUGGACAUAGCAGUCCACCAUCUCCCCCUGGUGCCUCUCAACCCCUUGCUGUGCUUUCUGCUGGAGUUACACCUGGAUCCCCUGAUGGCCCUCCUGAAGCUGCCCCAGGUUCCCCAUAUUUGCCAUCAGAUGUUCCCAGCAUCCAAACCCAGCUUCCACCAGGUUCUCCUGAUGUAGCUGAAUCCCUCACAUUUCCUGUUCAGGUCUCCAUUGGCCCUGCCCAGGCUCCAGGUUCCCCCAUGGCUCCUCCAGAGCUUUGGUCCCCUGGGUCUCCCAGUAUUAUAAUUAAAACUUAUUCAGGAUGCUCCUCAUCAUUGGGUCUCUCAGAUCUUUCUGCAGGGCCCCCAGAUGUGUCUCCUCUCCCUGGGCAACCUGCCAGUUUGACCUGUACUCCUGUAGAUCACAGCAAAGAAACUUCCCAUUUUCUCUUGGGAGUCUCUGAGUCCCCUGGUUCUCCAAGCACUGCUCAGUACCAUGUUGGCUCUGAUCAACCUCCUGGCUCUCCCUCUCGUACGCAGGACUCCUCUUGCCAACUUUUCCAGGACCAAGGGUCCCUUAAGAAUCGAGAGCAGAAACUCACUCUUGAGGAUGAGGGCAUACAGCUUUCUCAGUUGAGUCUACGCCGUGCCUCAGAGGGAGUGCUGCAGCCAAGGGGGAAACAACUGGUCAAGGAGGAGCUGGGAGGGUCCUUGGCUGUUCUGCCAAGUAAAGGCGGCCCUCCCAUGGAGCGGGCUGCAGGAGGAGAGUCCAGUUGGAGCCUGUCCCAAUCCUUUGAAUGGUCAUUCCCUAGCCGGCCUCCAGAGUUUGGUGGGAAGAGACCAGGGUCCCCUCCUCAGUCUCCCAUUCAGGAGGCUGAUGACACUAGCCUCUUGGAGGUAGAAUUGGGAGGAAAGAGCCCUAGCCUGGAAGAGACACAUGAUGAAUCAUACUCAGAAGGACAGAGCAGGAGAGGGAAGGAUACUGAGGCUUAUAGGAACUCAUCCUGCCUCAGUGAUGCUAAAGAUUCCCUAAAGAAGUCUGAAAGAGAACUGAAGUCCCCUUCAACUCUUGGAUUGUCAGCUCCUGGAGGUCCUUGUGCUCGGGAAGAACUUAGCUGCAAAUUGAUUAACCCUAUACUAGCAGCAGAGAGUUGUUUUCAAGAAGAGCAGGAGGGCUUCCUGCCUCUUGACCCUAGUCAUGAGGAAGGGGCUUUACAAGCAAUGGAGUCACUGCCAAGUGUUGAACAAGCUGCUCCACCUGCAGAGCCUUGCAUCUUUUUCUCAGACGAUUCCCAGGUGCAAAUGGCUGCUUCUUGCCAGGAGGACAGUGGUGCUCUGGCACUGGCACAAGAAGGCAAGGCAGUGGAUGCUGACAUAUUGAGGGUGACUGAUCCUGACCCUGGAUCUCAUUGGCUGGAUGAACUUCUGGCAUCUCCUCCACCCAGCACUGAUGACACAAAGAGAAGAGGCAUGUCCAAGUCUGAAGACCCCACAGGACCAGAGGAUCUCCUUGGAUGGUCACGGAAGGACCUUUGUAGUGAGUUUGGCAUUGUAGGAACAAAUCGGUCUACCACCUUUGGUAUGGGAUGGGCUACUGGUGUCAGCAAGGUGGAUUGGCCUAGUGAGACAGAACAGGAUCGAGAGUUUGGCACUGGUGUACAGGACUGGCCGAGCUCAUAUAGUAUUGGUGAUACCAAAAGGCAGGAUAUGGAAUUUGGUGCCAUUCAGCAAGACUGGACCACAGGAACACCAUUGCUGGGCAGUUCCAACCCAAGGCAAGAGGACUGGCUUACUGCUUAUAGCAACAGUUGUACUGAGCAGCAGAUUAAAGAGUCUGAUUGGAGCAGCUCGUAUAGCAUCAGCACUGCUGAGUGUCAGGACAGAGAACCAUAUGUGAGGAAGCCAGGCUGGCCCAAACUCUGCAGUACUGAGGAUGACCAGGGGGAGAGUGAGUUUGCAGCCAAGAAGACAGACUGGAGCAGCCAGUAUCAUUCUGGUGCUUCAGGAGAGAUCACUUGGCCAAAGAAAUGCAGUGUAGAAACUACCAGCUGUCCAGAACUGGAGAUCAACAUUAAAUCAUCUGCUGACAGCCAUCAGGCGACUGAACUGAGGACUGAUGAUCACGGAGCUGUGGCUGCUAUCUCUCACAGUGCCACAUUCAGUGCCACCGAAUUAUUCUGGCCUGGUGAAUCCAGUGCUAGUAGUGUUGACCAAAUGCAAAAAGAGUUCAGUGCCCACCAGUUAAAACCACCCAAUGAAUAUGAUGCCAGGCAACUGGAUUCUCAGAUUAGCAUCCAGCAGCACUCACAACCUAAUACAUAUGGCUUUGAUGGUAGCAGAGAACAGGAUUCAGAAUUGAAUGCAAAAGUCAAUUCUGACUGGUCCAACAGAUGUGAUGUGGGGGUUUCCCAAAGUCAUGGUGGUGACUUCAGUGCUGAGAAGGCAGGUGGAGCUAGUGAAUAUGGUGACUGCCAAACAGCUUGGGAAAAAGAAGUAGAUAAUGGAAAUAGAGACAAUACCACUAAAUCUGUAACUGGCAAUCUGGAAUUCUGUGUCCAGAACCCAGUCUGGGCUGAUGAUUACAAGCUGAAAGAAACUGAUGCACAAGAUAGUGAUUUUUCUCCAAGCACAAGAGACUGUGACAAAGAUGCUGAUCUUUCAGGAACUGAACAGAAAAACCAGUUUGGUGCCAUAGAGAAGGACCAAGCUUGCAGCUUUGGACAGUUAGAUUUACCAGGUGAAAGGGUGAUGAUGGAUGUGGAGGAGAUGCGGGAUAGUGUGAUAGAUGGGGGUGAAAACUUGAGAACUAUGGCCAGGGUUGAGUUCAGAGGAAUUGGAGAGGGACAGCAUAAGCAGACUCAAGAUCUUGGCCUCACAGAUAUGGAUCUGUCCAGUGACUUGAAAACUGAAAACCCAGAUGUCUCUAAAAAACCUACAGAGAAGGAGCCACAUUGGUUCCCAGCCCUGGGCUUGGAAACCUUGUCUGUCUCAUCAGAGGCAGUGGAUACCAGAGAGCCAGGUGUGGGACACACAGAUUUUCCCUACAGAUCUGGUGCUGAAAAAACAGAGGCAUCUGAUACGAGGCCAAAGACUUUAGAUGGGGCUGAGGAAGUGGGUCUAAUACAGAUGGAUUGGACGGGUGCACCUAAGGAGGAACGUAAAGACUCCGGUUAUCACUUUGGAGCCAUUGGUUUAGAGCGCGAUGUGAUGCAGCACCACGGAGGAACUGGGGAUUCUGCAGAGAGAAGAUGCCAUAGUCAACGACUUUCCAGUCCUAGCUGCCUGCUGGAAGAGAUGAUUUCUAACAGUGCUAUCAAAGAAAUAGUACAGCAGAAGAGACCCACCUCUUUCCCUAGUUACCAUUCAGAAGAAGGAAAGAGACAGAGCAGCUUGCCUGUUAACAUUCAUAAGAAGGAAGGAGACAGAGCAGCUGAAGAGGCUGGGUUAAAGGCAUCUCCUCUCCCAGCUGAGCAUGAUGAAAAUAUUUUGUCAGUUGUGGAUGGCGGGGAUGGCAAGUUACAAAGUGGAAAUGAGAGUCUGCCACAUCUGGAAGCAAGGUCACUGAGCCAUCCCGAGCAAAAUGGAAGCCAGGCUGUGCUACCUCUGUCCCAGGAAGGCCAGGCUUUAGAGGAAACAGAAGCAGUGACAAGGGAAGACUUUAUCUUCUUGGAGGAUACAGAGGUUCUUGACAGCACUGCGUACCGUGACCGUGCUAAUUUGGGCCGUAAGCGGGGUCAUCGGGCACCAGCCACCCGGUCUGGAGGUGCUCUUUCAGAUAGUGACAGAAGCAGCUGGAUGUUUAAAGAUUCCACAGAGCCUCAAACAGCUUCUGCAGCCUCAGAUGAAGACGUCCAUGAAGAGCCAAGAAGCAGGAAGACACGUAAUUCUCCAUUGUCCAAGGGAGUAAAAGUGCCCCUCUUCCCAGGCCUCAGCCCUUCUGCAUUGAAGGCUAAGUUGAGAGGGCGAAAACUUUCUGCUGAGGAAGGUGAUCCACAAAGUGAGGUCAAGGAGGCCCCUGUACAGCGCUCUAAAUCAUGCAAGAUGGCUAACAUCAGUGGGAAGCCUUUGGUGCUUCCACCCAAGCCAGAGAAAUCUUCAGGGUCAGAAACAUCCUCACCUAAUUGGCUGCAAGUUCUGAAGCUGAAAAAGAAGAAAUAAUAAAACAAACAUUCAGAUGUUGCUAUCCUGCUAUUGGGGCCUUGACAGCAGAUGUUCCAGUGAGCUGUUCAUGGGUGUGAGGCAGGAUGGUGGGUUUAGAAACAGAGUCCCCAUGUAACAACUUUGAGGGAUCAUGGGGGGGGGGGGGGGGGGGGGGUGGGGGGGGGAGAGGGAGAGGAUGAGGCACAUUUAUGCACUUUGUAUUACAUUCACUCACUCAUGCAUAUGGCGGUCAGAUUCUCUCUGCUGCUAUCUUGGCUGUUUCCUCCUCCUUUGUUUUUCCUUCUUAUACCACAUACAGUUAUAUAAAGUCUCUAUUUUUUGUAAUCAGUCAAGGAGCUUCAUUCUGGCCCCUUUUCUUUCACCCCAAGGUAGGGAGGGAAGACAAAGAGGUGAGGCUUCUGCUUAUCUCUGCUGCAAUAUAAUGCAUUUCAGACAAAAGAGGAAUGAAUUUUCCCCCUCAAUCACUUGAAACAAAUAAAGGUUUUAUGGUUAUGGAA